AUGAGCAAUUUAAAUUUAGAUGAACAACCUUACUUAAAUUCUUACCUAGUACAACUAUAUGAAGAUUAUUUACCUUGCCCAAAACUUUUUCCUAUGCACUAUAUUAACAAAAUCUGUAGUAAUGAUGUAUUUAGUCCAGAAGUUUGUCGUGCAGUUCAAAAAAGACAUGAUUAUGGAGAAGUUUUUAAUCUUGCUCUAAAGGCAGUUAGGUCUGCAGUUGAAAAAGGUGGAGAUUCUCUUCGUCGUCUUAAGAGAAGCCUUAAUGAUUGGUUUGCUGAAGAACAAAAACUUUCCUAUACAAAUAAUGAUGAGAUGGAAAAUUUUAAUCCUGAUCAAGUUCAAAAUCCAAUUGAACGACGACAAAAAGGACGACCACCAACUAAGCGAUUUAAAAGUAAUGUUGAAUUAUCACAAUCUAAAAGCAAAAAAUCUACUAGUAAAAUUGUACAAAACAAAUAUGGUAAAUGUGAAAGUGCUGGACAUUAUGCACCGACUUGUAAAAAGUAG